CGUCCGUCGGAGCGCGGCUCCGCCCUCUCCUCAGAGAGACUUAAAGGGACGGUUUGCUCAGCAGCGGUGGAAUGCCCUCUCGCUGACGGACCCAGGCCCGUGCCGGCCCGCGUAGACGCACCCGGUCCAACCCCGCGCCACCAUGUAAACGAACCCCGCGGACGCUGGCUUCUCCGCCCGGGACCCCUCCGCCCUGCCCCGGGCCUCAGGGCCCUCGAUGAGGACACACCAUGCUGACCGGGGUGACCGACGGCAUCUUCUGCUGCCUGCUGGGUGCGCCACCCAAUGCAGUAGGGCCGCUGGAGAGCGUCGAGUCCAGCGAUGGCUACACCUUCGUGGAGGUGAAGCCUGGGCGCGUGCUGCGGGUGAAACAUGCUGGACCCGCUCCAGCCCCCACCCCACCUCCACCGCUGCCUGACGCUGCCCAGGGGGACCUAUCUGGCUUGGUCCACUGCCAGCGCCGAAUCACCGUGUACCGCAAUGGGCGGUUACUGGUGGAGAAUCUGGGCCAGGCACCGCGAGCUGACCUCCUACACGGGCAGAAUGGCUCCGGGGAGCCGCCGGCCUCUCUAGAGGUGGAGCUAGCCGACCCAGCAGGCAGCGAUGGCCGUUCGGGCCCGGGCAGCACUGGGAGUGGCAGUGGUGGGCGACGGCGGCGAGCCCGGCGCCCCAAGCGGACCAUCCACAUUGACUGUGAGAAGCACAUCACCAGCUGCAAGGGGGCCCAGGCGGACGUGGUGCUCUUUUUCAUCCACGGUGUGGGAGGCUCCCUGGCCAUCUGGAAGGAGCAGCUGGAUUUUUUUGUGCGCCUGGGCUAUGAGGUGGUGGCACCUGAUCUGGCCGGCCAUGGGGCCAGCUCAGCGCCCCAGGUUGCUGCAGCCUACACCUUCUAUGCGCUGGCAGAGGACAUGCGCGCCAUCUUCAAGCGCUAUGCCAAGAAGCGAAAUGUGCUCAUUGGGCAUUCCUAUGGUGUCUCUUUCUGCACGUUCCUGGCGCACGAGUACCCAGACCUGGUGCACAAGGUGAUCAUGAUCAAUGGCGGGGGCCCCACGGCGCUGGAGCCCAGCUUCUGCUCCAUCUUCAACAUGCCCACGUGUGUCCUGCACUGUCUGUCACCCUGUCUGGCUUGGAGCUUUCUGAAGGCCGGCUUUGCCCGCCAAGGGGCCAAAGAGAAGCAGCUACUGAAGGAGGGCAAUGCAUUCAACGUGUCAUCUUUUGUGCUGCGAGCCAUGAUGAGUGGCCAGUACUGGCCCGAGGGUGAUGAGGUCUACCACGCCGAGCUCACUGUGCCUGUCCUGCUCGUCCACGGCAUGCACGACAAGUUUGUGCCAGUGGAGGAAGACCAGCGCAUGGCUGAGAUCUUGCUCCUGGCUUUCCUGAAGCUUAUAGACGAAGGCAGCCACAUGGUGAUGCUGGAGUGUCCGGAGACAGUCAACACGUUGCUCCAUGAAUUCCUGCUCUGGGAACCUGAACCCUCACCCAAGGUCCUGCCCGAGCCCCUGCCCAUAUCUCCGGACGAGAAGAAGUAGCUGUUGGGCCGGCUGGGCAUAGCCAAGGAGCAGGAGGAGGAGGAAGCCUGGAGCCAGCAGUCAGGGCCGCGUCUGCAGCCUCAACUUCCUGUGCGGGCUGUUCUCUCGGGUGGGCUGGAUCAGGCCCAGAGAUGCUCCUAGGCCGGCUGGGCGGGGCGUGGUUUUCAAGGGAGCCAGGUGGGCACACUGCUCUCAGCCUGCGCCUUGCAAGACCCAUCUGGCUGCAGCCAGGACUCCCGUGGAGGAUGACCUUGUACACAAGCCCCCUUCCCCCCAAGGCCACUGCCGAGGCAGGCCGCUCGCCCAGCUCUUCGUCUUCCGUGUGUCUGCCAUGCUUGAUCCAGGGACCCUCGGGGUCCCACCCCAUUGCCGGAGACCCCCCUCCCCCCAUUCCUGGGCGUUGGGAGCUAUUGUUGCCCAAGGUGGGAGGGAUUGGAGGGGGUUGGCGCCAUCAAACCUGCACAUGUCAACUUGUAAGUCAAUAAAAAGUGACAAUCCUA